CUUGGCAGUCAAUGCGUUCGAGGGCAACGAACGAUGACUGUACGUGAAACCUCUCAGCUGGAAUGGACAGUUAACAAGUUCUUUUGCGCCUUUGAUACCAGGCUCUAUGUAUUUGCAUUAAUAUUCGACAAAUGACUUGACUCUUCUUCAGCAAGUGAGCGUUGCUCUUCAAAGUAUUCGAACUUGUGCUCUUGCCAAAUAGACGCGUGUUCAACUCAGCUUCUUGGCGUUUCGGACCCCAGACUUUAGAGUCACGGUAUUCCCUCCAUUUGAUCAAAGGAUCACAGGGUUGCAAUGGAGCCCCUCCAGCACAGUCAGACCCCGUUUGGUGCAGUCACCAUGGACAGCAAACAUGCCAUGUCCCGGCGGUUUGAGGAUCUUUUUUCGGCUCAAGUCAAGCCUUGGUUAGCAGAGCAAAGUCAUCUUCUUAUCCGCAAUCAAGAAGUCUCUAUACAUGACGAGAAUCGCCCUGACAAGAGCCUUUUACAAACGGACACGGUUCAAAGCAUUUCAAAUCGAUUCAAUGAAUUAUGCGAAAAUGAAAUACGAACAUACCUAGGAACAGAUAAUCAAGAGUCCACGCUCAACUCAAAUGGUAAUAGUGAGUCGCCGGGGCUUUCGGUCCAUUCCGCGGAGAAGCAGCCCGAAGUGUCUGAACGCACGAGCUCUGUUCACGGACAGCUUACAGCACGGCAUAAGAAGCUCAAUCCGGAAACCAAUGAAAUAAGAACUCAGAAAUCUGAUAGGAAUUUACGUACAGAGAGCACCAAAAGCCAUACCAGGCGCAGCAUUCGGCGCUUGGACGUUGGUAAGCAUGACCAAAACACGACAACAGUGGAAUUAAUGAGCCAAGCACGCUCUUCUGGACCGAAAAAUGCUAUCAAUGAUCAAUCCAUGUGGGCCUCUGCAAAGAAUACAUCGUCGAAUGGCAAUCAAAAUGCAGAGAUACCAUCUGCUGAGGCUGGGCAAGAGGGUUCAAGGACCCCUGUUGCGGGCUCGGCCGCUGUUUCUGUGACACCUUCAUCUUCUCCUGUUCCUUCACAAUCCUCCUUGGCUGAGCCAAUAUUACCCCGUACUUCAGCCCUCGAAGUCGAUUCCAGCAAUGAAGACGACACAAGGCAAACUCCUCGAAGGCGUGGGACUGGCCUGCGACGUGCUGGUGUAUAUCGAAGCCGUGGUCGAGGAAGCCGUGGCCGCAGAGAUUUCACUGCUUUAGAUUCACAUGAGUCAACCACCGAGGAAAAGCCCCAAGGACUGAACAGGAAGAAAAGCGCGCCGCAAACUCGUCUUCGUGCAAUGAGCCGAGGAGAGCAUUCUCCGACAACACGAAGAGGGCCGAGGACGAUGGUCGUUAGGACCAGUUCCCGGCCUAACAAAACACGCUCCGCUCCCUCUUUAUUUUCUUCUGCGCCAAAGCAAGUUUUUAUAAACCCACCAGGCUCGUCGUGGCGUUGGGCACUACACAAACCCGGUCGUCGACCAAAGGAGUUGGUUAUGGUGUUUAAGUUUUAGAUGAGUUUUGCUUUUGCCGGUGAUGAUCUGGCCGAUGGGCAUGUCUAGCUGGCCCAUGACUUUCACAAACAAAGAUGCCAGCGCGCUGCCAAAUUACCAUAUGGUAUCUGACUACUUUAUCACGUUCGACACAACUUGAUUUGCGUUGCAUUAGACACAUUCGUUGUUCCAAACAUCUCACGAAAAGCUCGCAUUCGAUCGAUCAGCCUAUUCUCUAAUCCCACACAUAUCUAGAGAAAGCGUCCUUGUCAUCAUAUCUCUCUUACAUGAGUUUUCUUUUUGCUAUUCCAUCGUGUUCAUUAAAGGCUACGGUGUCUUUCAGAGGUGCUGAACGGUGGAGUUCAUUCUCAUAAGAUAGAUGUCUAGAACAUCCUAGCUUUACCAUAGGAUAUAAUGUUGUCAAGGCUCGAGCAGUUUCAAAAUAAUCUAAACAUGUAGAAUUACUUGCUUUUUUUCCCCCUUC